AUGUUUAAGAAGAUCAUGAAAGGUGCACAUCGAAAGGCCUCUAGAACUGAGGCGAAUGAUUCGUCUAUGUAUGGGUUUGAUCCACCAGGUCAUGGAUCCAACAAUAUGGUUGUAAAUCACGCAUCUCGUGGUUCACUGCUUCCUUCUUCUCCAGGUUCAACAACGGCACAACCCCAUCCUCCUCCUCCUCCUAUGUAUUCAGUCGAGCCUCUUUCUUUGUUCAGAGACGUUUCUGUUUCCGAGCGUCAAUCCUUGUUCUUGAGGAAACUCCAGAUUUGCUGUUUCCAGUUUGAUUUCACAGAUACGUUGAAGAACGCGAGGGAGAAGGAGAUAAAAAGGCAGACUUUAUUAGAGCUUGUUGAUUUCAUUCAGUCUGGUGCAGGGAAGCUCACUGAACUCUGUCAAGAAGAAAUGGUUAAAAUGGUUUCGUUUAAUAUAUUCAGGUGUCUUCCUCCUGCUUCACAUGAGAAUACAGGUCAAGAGCCUGCUGAUCUCGAGGAAGAGGAGCCUUACUUGGAACCAUCUUGGCCUCAUUUACAGCUUGUUUACGAGUUGCUUCUUAGAUACAUUGUUCCUUCUGACACAGAUACUAAAGUUGCUAAACGUUAUAUUGGCCAUUCCUUUGUGUUGAAGCUUCUUGAGUUGUUUGAGACUGAAGAUCCUAGAGAAAGGGAGUACUUGAAAACGAUUCUUCAUAGGAUUUAUGGCAAGUUUAUGGUCCACAGGCCCUUUAUUAGGAAAGCAAUGAAUUAUAUAUUCUAUAGGUUUAUCUACGAGACUGAGAGACAUAGCGGGAUUGGGGAGCUUUUGGAGAUUCUUGGUAGUAUUAUCAAUGGGUUUGCCUUGCCAAUGAAGGAGGAGCACAAGCUUUUUCUGAUCAGGGCGUUGAUACCGCUGCAUAAGCCGAAACCUAUCGCAAUGUAUCAUCAGCAGUUGUCUUACUGCAUUGUUCAGUUUGUGGAGAAAGAUUAUAAGCUUGCGGAUACAGUGAUCAGGGGAUUGCUAAAGUUUUGGCCUGUGACAAACUGUACAAAAGAGGUUCUCUUUCUUGCUGAACUUGAAGAGGUUCUGGAGGCAACACAAACUGUUGAGUUCCAACGCUGUAUGGUCCCUCUGUUCCAACAGAUUGCUCGAUGCCUCAGUAGCUCUAAUUUUCAGGUUGCAGAACGAGCUCUGUUCUUAUGGAACAACGAGCACGUAGUGGGUCUAAUUGCUCAGAACAGAAGCGUGAUCCUUCCUAUCAUAUUCGGUUCGCUGGAGAAAAACACAGAAUCUCACUGGAACCAAGCAGUUCACGGUCUAAGCGCGAAUAUAAAGAGAAUGUUCAUGGAGAUGGACCCUGAACUCUUUGAAGAUUGCCAGCAACAGUACGAAGAGAAACAAGCCAAAUCUAAACAAGUGGAAGAGCAACGCCAAGAUAGGUGGAGGAGAUUAGAUGAAGCAGUAGAGGAGCGAGAAAGAGAAGAUCCUAUGAUCACUUCUUAGAAGAAAAACAGUUACCAAAUCAUCCAAUUAAUAAUAUUCUUUCUUUUACUUCUUCACAAUUUCACUAAUAGUUGCAAAAUAUUAUAUUUUAAUUAUUUAUUUUGAAGGUCUGGAAAAAAAGGUCCUUAAA